AUGUUAGAAUCACUUAUCCGAUACAUUGCCACUCCGUCCGAGAACGCUCCUACCAGGCCUGCCAUGCAAGCACUAGCCCACUGGCUUUCGAAGAACAUAGUGUCUGUCGAUGAGCUGUGCAGCACUUUUGGUAGAACCUUGACAGGAAGUGACAAGCAGUCCUCGCCUGCUUCGGUUGAAGACAUGCUCGCUAUCGUCUUAGGUCUCGCUCCAUACGAAGACUUCGCCUCUUCCGCUGGUUCGCUAGCUGCUUUGAUACUUCAAAAGUCACAAACCCCCGCAACCAGAAGUUCAUCACCGUUGGAUUUCGGCAAUCAUCACUCAUUAUGGUCUUCCACUGUUUUGAACAUCCUCAAGCAGAAGCCACAGUCUCUCGGCAUUUUUCGACUAUAUGUGUUCCCAGAGAUAUUUCAGCAGGACAAGCCAAGCUUUGUUGCAUUUUUAGGCCAGCUAGGCAUACAAAGUACCCUCGGGAGAGUUCAAUCCUCUGGAGUUUCGUUGCCGCUUCCAACAGCACAAUGCGAGGAAAUUCUGUUCUGUGCUUUGUCCAUAGGAAGCAAACUUGGUCUGGUCAAGAUUGCAGAUGUUGGUCAAUUAACCGGAAGUGUUGAGUUGUUCUUUGAUAAAGAUGUUCUAUGCAUCCCAGAUGUCCUACUCGGCGACCUGCUGCUACGUACGUCUGACACUGUGAGAAUAGCGGGUCUUACCAUGCUUACCACGUCCACAACGACAACCCAGCCUUUAUCUAUCGGGUCAAUGGGUGCUUUGCAGAAAGGUUUGCCUUUACUCCAUGCAGAUGCAGACGCAGGAUUCCGCAGCGAGCUGUUCAGUCUGAUCCGGCAUCUGAUGGAUCGCAUCAAGGCCGCAACAGCGACCUUGACAAAGGCGCCGAGCAAGACGAGGAAAACUAACACAAACGACGCUGUCGGUUCUCUGUCAGCAUCUAUCGGGUCUUCCGAGCUAAUCACAGCCCACAAAUCCUUCGUUGAGUGGUACAUCUCAUUUCUGAAAGCCGAAAUGCGGCCGACAGCCAGCUACCAGAGGCAUGUGUCAGCGCUCAGGUGUGUCCAUAUCAUUGUCAAGUCUGGAGUCGAUGCUCGAAUCGCCGGCACUUUGUCCGCAAAAUCUACAGGUGGCAUGGCGGCAUGGCCCUUCACCUUGAACGUGAUUGACAGAGAGAUGACUGAGCUACUGACUGAUCUGCUUCUCGACGCAUUUGACGAUGUCAGACUUACGGCUGCAGAAAUUCUGAGUCUCGUGAACUCUGACUCACAGCAGCAAGGCAGUGUAGAAGAGACGCCUGAACUGGUCAAAGUCCUCGCGCAAGCGGAGAAUAUGUUGGUCCUCAGUGGACGUGCUGACCAUGCAGAUGGUGUUGCGCACCUUUACAGCAUCCUGUUUAGUCAAUGUUCAGAACUGACCAGUGAUCGCGAGCAGUGGUGGACUUCCAAAUGUACGAUGCUGGAAUACCUCGUUCGUAACGUCGAACAGACGGUUCAAACCGCCGUUGUAGACAUCAGCAGAGCAAUCAGCGAGAACCCUCUGCACGGCCUGUUCAUCAGUCUGAGAUACAUCAUUGAAAAGUCUGGCUUCUAUCAGUUUAUGUCUUCCGAUCUUACUGCCUCGUCGCAACUACAGAAGCUCUACACUCGACUUUACAAUGUCUUCGAGGCUCUCUGGAAUUGUGUACAUGACACACUGUGUAAUGAUACUACCGAAGGUGUUGCCGCUGAAGAGCUUGAGGAAGAAGAUAUUGGGACGAAGGAUGUUCUGAGUUACUCAUGGCGGGCCCUCAAGGAAUCUAGCCUGCUAUUGCGAGCUAUCGUGAAAGAUUGUCCCUUUACUUCGCUUAACCACGAACUCCUCUCUCCUCAGCAGCUUCGUCAGCUAGGUGAUCUCACUUUCACACAGCUUGCAGAGCUGCGUCAUCGUGGUGCUUUCUCAACUGUCGCUCAAACCUUUGUCGUCUGCUGCAUGCGCUCCAACAGUAGUGCAAUCACCGUCAGCCAAGAUCUUGAGGACUGGUAUCAGACCGCGAUCAAUACCCGUCGCUCUGCAGGGAUACCAUCUUUGAUGAUCGGCAUUGUUGUUGCAGAUACAAAGGGUCUCCUGUUUGGUAGAGCCAUGUCAGAUCUCACUAGAGAAGGCACAAGACCUGUCGAGAAAAUUGCCGAAAGUGCUGGCGGCCUUUCUCAAGUCCAUGCUUUGAAUUGCAUAAAGGAUAUCUUCAAGAACUCGAGGUUGGGCGAGCGAUCAGAGGCACAUGUGCCGCAAGCACUCAGUCUUGCAGCUGAGUGCUUGUCUUCGAACACAGCCCUUAUGGAUAGAUUGAUUGGUACAAACGACGCAUUCUCGGAGGAGGAUACACACAUACAGAGUCGACUCUCGGACGAAGCAAUCACGAGUUUGAUGCAUGUUGUUCUCCAGUUGCUGUCAACUGACACUGAUGUCAACCAAGUCAAGGCUGAGGUGGUAUUCCCUGCUUUGCAACUCCUCCAACGCGUACAACCGCCUUCGAGUAUGUCCGAGAGGAUCCAGUCUUCGGUGUUGAGGCUGGCCUCUAAUAGGCAAUGGCUCGUUCGCGAUAAAGCAGCCAAAACAUACUCCAUUUUGGUGCCUGUCACCGACCGAGUAAGUCGUGUCGCAGAGCUGCUCCGACAUGAAACUCGUAGUCAGAAUGAGGUACAUGGCACUCUACUUGCAGUCAAAUACCUCAUCGAAAGACAAGGGAAAAACUUCAGCACCGAAGAUUUGGAUACAGUGGUGACUGUUAUCCAGUCAAGGAUUGAUGAUCUCCUUUACGACAAUGCAUGUCCGCUUACACAGGCGGCAUUCGUGGACGUGCAAAACGUUUUCUUCUACUCGGCUAUCCAGAAGCAGCGAUAUCUGUUCGGCACAAGAUGGGCUACGGUUGAGGAUCUGAACAUGGUCCUGGAUCUGCCUCCAGAUCAUUUUGCAGCAUGUUCGUUCCUCCGACAGUCUUUGGCGCUAUCCCUAAUCCACGAGCACGCCUUAUUCAGCGGACUUUCGAAGGACAAUUCAUCAGCGGAUAUGACAGCAAGGGUCGAAACCUUCAAAUUGCUGGCCACGUGCGACCCUGACGCUUGUACGACUGCAUUACGUGAAGCUGCCAAAAUUGGGGCUUCUGAUCUUGUUUAUGCCACAGAAACCACAGAGCUUCUGGUUAACGUCUCUGCCAAGCUUUUAUUCGAUGAAAGCGUGGAUAUCGAGGUUCAGGAUGCUGCUCAGGAAGUCCUGGUCAGCUUGUUAUCCCAAGGUGCUGUGGAGAAGAAUGCCAUCUACACUAGCUUCAAGGGAUUGUAUCUGCCUACAAGUGCUGCGACACCGCUUUUCGGUGACAAACGACAUAUCUUGCAGGGAGCACUACUAAACUUCCGCGCGCAAGAUGACUCGCUGAAGGAUGAUCGACUCACGGGAGAUUUCGGACGAUGGGUUUCGCAGCCAUUCGAUACUAGAUAUGCGGCUGUGACAGCAACGCAACAGCUUGAAGAGAAGUCUCUAGCAUACUUUAACUACAACGAUCCAGGGAACUCUGUUCUAGAACUAUGCAUUGCGGUCUAUGACCUCUGCAACGACGAUGACAUCGAGAUCAGAACACUCGCAGCCCCAGUCGCCAUCAAACUUCUCAAUGCAGGUAGCGAGAAGAAGCAGGCUAACAUGGUGCCGUUAGCCGCGAACCAAGGCCUAGCAGAGUUCAUAUCGUCGGCUUUCGAGAGCAACGCCUUGGCAGUCUUAACAGCCAUCAGCAGAGCCACUGGAAAUGCUGUCAACGCCUCUUUCCCGGACUCUGUCAAGCAAUCGCUAGCCGAGAAGAGCAAAUCGGGAUCCUCUCUCUUCGCACAAGAAAAGCACAAUCUCUUCAUCGACGAGACCAGAGAAGCGCGAGUGUGGGCUUCUGUCGCUGCCCGACUUCGACCGGACGCCUUCUCCUUCCGCUUACUCAUGAACCUCUGCACCUGGGUCAUCGAUGGUCUUGACGUCUUGAUCGCUGAGAUUGAAGAUAAGCCUGACACACCGCUUGGUUGGAGCAGGAAAAUCGAGGUUUUCGUCCUGGGCAUGCAGAUUCUGUAUUCUGCUCAGCUGUUGUUGAGUUUGAGUAAGAGAGGUAUUGAGAUGCCGGUGCAGGCAAGCGCUGUCAUCAAGAGAUUGGACGUGUUUGUGAAAAGGGGCCAGGAGAAUGGAGUGAACAGUCUGUGGUUACAGACUUGCAAGGAAGUUUUGGAACAGCAGGUUUGA